UAUGGAUACGAUGAAAUGCUUUGGUUGGGACUCGAUGCCGAGGUCAAGGUGGGCAAAGGUCAGACUCUUAGAUCUCAUGAUCCGUGUUCACCACCACCUCAUGCAAAAAGCUUUAGAUUAUUGCCCAACAUCCCUGCUUACCAAAUAACCAACAACUUAGUUCGAAUCUCACCAAACAUCCAAGAUGGGGAUUGAUGAAGAGUUGUCCUCCUACCUCAAUCCCGACAUAGCCAGGUUUCUCCAAAACGUCUCCAAAGCCAUCUCCCAAGACCCAGGCCUACCCCGACCAAACCCAACAACAUCAUCGUGGCAGGUCCCAGAGCACCCCUUCGGAUCAAUUCAGUCCCCUACCCUCCCCAAACAAACCGAUUUCGUCGUCAUCGGGUCCGGUAUCACUGGCUGCAGCGUCACCAAGACGCUCCUCGAACACGGUGCAUCACGCAACUCCCACGUCACUAUCCUCGAAGCCCGGACACUCGUCAGUGGUGCCACGGGCCGGAAUGGUGGGCAUCUAGUGACUGCUUCGGGGCAUACGUACGGACCGUUAGCGGCGCAGCAUGGUGACGAGGCUGCAAAGCAGAUUACCCGCUUCUCCAUUCUCAACGUUGACCGAAUCAUGGAGAUGGUCAUGGCUAUGGACGCAGAGGCUCAGGAACGGUGUCAGAUUCGUGAUGUUCUCAAGGUUAUGGCCGUCGGGGACGAGGAGACGUGGACUGCUGCCAAGAGAUCGGUUCUUGAAUUCCAGAGGGCGGUGCCGGAGCACAGUGAAUAUCACCGCAUUAUUGAGAGUGACGAUGUCCCAGAAAGAUGGAACAUCAAAGGUGCUUACGGCGCCGUGGAGCACGACGCCGGCGCCGUCUGGCCAUACCGACUCAUCAUGGGAAUCUACGAAGCUCUCCUGAAACAAGACCGGACCCGGCUCGCAAUCGAAGCAAACACGCCAGUUCUGCAGGUCCAAUUUUUGCCAUCCAGAAACCCAGGCCAUCCCUAUCUCAUCACGACUCCAAGAGGUACCAUCCGCGCCAGAAAAGUCAUACACUGUACUAACGGUCACGCAUCACAUCUCCUCCCACAACUAGCAGGCCGCAUCUAUCCCUUCCGCGGCACAAUGUCCGUCCAGAAACCCGGCCCAAAUUUAAAGAACUUAGGCGCUUCGCGCUCGUGGAGCCUGUCCCACAAGCCGACGCUGGAUGCCCGGAGCGGUCUCUAUGUGACGGGUCUCUACUACCUACAGCAGAAUCCCCUAACAGGAAGGAUCUGGAUCGGGAAUGAGACAGCAAACAUGAAGGAUAUCUUGACGUCAGACGAUACCUACGUCCCGAAAGAGGCGAGAGACGCUCUGUCUACGGUGCUGCCGAAGCUAUUUCUCGAUGGGUGGGCGCCUGAGGUGAAGACGUCCGAGGUGGAGGCAAUUUGGUCUGGGAUCCAAGGACACACGGCUGAUGGUCUCCCGAUUGUGGGCCGGAUCCCCGACUCGAUAACGGGAGACGCCGGUGGCGGACAGUGGAUCGCUGCAGGUUUCAAUGGGUAUGGGAUGGACAAGUGCUGGCUGACGGGCGAGGCCUUAGUCAGGAUGAUGUUUCGUGAAGACGUCAGUGACUGGUUCCCGCGAGCCUAUGUCGUCACAGAGAAGCGAUUGCGAGAGAAGCUCACGGCGGAUGAGACGUUGCUCAAGUUUGCGAAGCUCGCGAAUCCUCAAGGGGUGAAGCUGUCUAAGCUUUGAGCAUGUUCUGACUUGUCGAUCUGAAGGAUGGAUAGAAGAUGGUUCCAAUA